GGCUCUACCGCCCUCUCCCAAUCAAUAAAUUAGCCAUUAAAGCAUCCUCAAGCUUCACAUGAAACUCAAAAACACACACAUUUCAACUCAUCUUACAUUUCUUUUUAUCUCUUCUUUCUUCAACUUUGAUUAUUCAAGCAGCUGUCAUAUUAUUUUUCAAGCUUUUCAAUUAAUUAAUUCUUUCUUAGCUCUCUCUAAAUUAGUGAUAUAUUAUUUCUCAAUUCAUUUUCUUGCUCCAUGCUUCCUCUUCCAACCCUUUUUCUCCCACUCUUUCUCCACGUCCAUGGCCUUGAAAUUUUCCCAUUUAGUUUUCAUCACUCUCUGGCUCUCUCUUCUCUUGUUCUUAAUGCUUCAUGAGCUGUAUAAUUUCAAGUCCAGGAAUAUCCAUAUUUACAAACAAAGCAGCAGCAGUAACAUCAUCACUGCAUCUUCUUCUUCCCUUGUACGACUAUCUCGUUACCCUUUAGUUAAUAGAAAAGUUCUUGCGAGCAAAUUUGACUUCACUCCAUUUCAGAAACAUGGUCAGCAUGAGAAGCAUAAACGUUCAGCCAACGACAAGAAAGGGCGAUCAGCACAGCCGGCUGCUGAAACUCAGAUUGAUCCCCGUUAUGGUGUUGAAAAGCGCCUCGUCCCCACUGGUCCAAACCCAUUGCACCAUUGAUCAUUAAUUUCUCAGGUGAAUGGAAAAGGAAAAAUAAAGGACUGGACCUCAAAUUGAACCCUAUAUAUGCUACAUCAACAAGCUGCUGCCUCCUCUUGGUGGGUUACACUUACAGGGCCUUAAUUCUUUGCUCAAUUGCAGGCGAGGAAGAGAAUCAACAAAACGUUUGGUCAUGGGCAUAAUGCAAACUAGAAUGAAGGGCCUAUUACACUUGAUGUUGCUUCAUAACUUGACUGUAAUAUCAUCAUGAUACAUGAAGAGAAAACCAUGUAUAUGCUUUUAGAUAAAAGAUGAUAUCUUUUACAUCAUAAUGUAUCGUUAUAUAAUGAUUGUACAUAGAUUUUUGGAGAGUGGAGCCAG